AUGUUCAGUCCACCUUGCGGAACUCCAGAAAAAACCUUGAACUUAUUUGAUGAAUUAAAAGGCGGAAUAUCAGAAUACGUAGAAGUUAUGAUUGAACUAGGAAAUGAAAUGCUCACGGGCGACGAAGAAACAUUACAGAUGCAUAAUGAAAUAAAAAAUGAUAACACAAAUGUCAUGCCUGUUGGAGAUCCCAAUAAAUCUGCAUCUCAUAUACAUAAGCAGGAAACUAAUAGCAGUUUUAAUUUGAUUGGGACAGAAACAGAAACAUAUAAAAAUAGCCCUGAAUGUGAUAUUACUCUUAAACAGUCUGAAAGUGUAAACAGUGGAACCACGACCUCUCAAUCGACGAAUGAUACAUUAAAAAACCAACAAAUUAUACUUACGUCGGACAAUCCUCUCAUGGCGAAAAUUCAAAAUAUAUUGAAAUUACAGUUGUUGAAACAAACGGAAAACAUUAAAAAAGAAAUACAAACUCUUAGGAUGGUAGUUAAAGCCAAAGAGAGAGAAAAGUCUUCAACUAUUAGUCUGAUAAAUAAUACAAACAGUCGAGUUGCAGCACAGCAAAACCUAUUGAGUGAAUUCCACCGAAUGAAAGUAGAAUUGGAAACAGCAAACGAAAAGUUGGAAAAAAGUAUUGAACAGCAAAUACAACGUCGCAAAGAUAUUUUGGAAAAAACUGCAGAUAAAGAAAAAAAAUUUAGAGUUUUAAAAAGUCAGAUAGAAUGCAGUCGUGGAUUUCUGAACGAACUUAGCAAGCACGAAAAAGAACAGGAAAUUUCAUUUAAUAGGUGUAGUCAAACAAAAUAUCAUACAAAACAGUAUAAGAAAAAAUUAUUAAGUAACCAGCAAAAACAGGAUCUGUUAUUAUUGUCUCUAACUCAAGAAAAUCUUCGAUUGGAAGAUCGUAUUAAUCAAUUAGGUGAACAAGGAAAGGCAAAGUAUGAAGAAAGCGAACUACUGAGACAAAAAGUUAUGGACAAUUCAAUAGGUCUUGAUGCUAUUAAUAAAGAUAAUGCAGAGUACACAUUUUUAUGGAAUGAAGUUAUAAUAAGUAUUCAACAAUGUGAAAAAUCUUCUCAGAAAAAAAUAAAAGAAUUACAAGAAGAAAAAAAUAAAUAUCAUAUAUUAUUAACAGAAUACUACAGUUACAAGCGCAGUUCACAAGUCGAAUGUAACAAAAAUGAUGAACUACUCCACUUUUUAAACAAAUUUACUCAAAAUCAAAUAAAUUUACAAAAUGGGUAUAAAACAUGUUUAGAAAACUUUAAUUCUUUGAGGGAUAAGUAUUUUAAUAUAUUAAAAAUGACAGAUAUCCAAAAUCAAAACUUAAAUGAAGUGAUAUUUGUAUGUAUUUCAUAA